CAAGAGCGACGAAAAUAGAUGCUGGCGUGCAUUUAGUGUUUUUAUAUUACGGCUUUUAAGAGGGCAUUAAUCUCUAGCUGUUGAGUCGGUGUUGCUUAUCGUAUCACCCAGAGGCAGAAGCAAGGAAGGAGGAUCUGCUGCUUUUUUCUGCAGCAUUGGGAUGGAUGUGAAAGAGGACACGUGUGACAUAAACACCAUGGAGGUAAUGACUGUGAUUGUUAAGGAGGAGGAUGACUGUGAAUGGGAGUCUGACCACUCCGAACAGGAGAGUCUCAGCCUCUCGGAUGAGGAGUAUAAACUGCUGACUGUGUGCAUUAAAGAAGAGGACGAGGAGAUGUCUAUCAUCCCUGAGACGAGGACUGAGAAAAAUUCAUCUGUUAGAACCGAGGAAGAUCAGCCAUCACCAAACCAGUCUGGGGAAGCUUUGAUUAUUGGACGUGAGAUUUUUCCACCAUCCACUUUGCACUCGAAAUCUCUGCCUGUUGUGAAACUAACCAAGACGGGUAAAAGGCGCACUCAACAACAGAUGAACGAUACAAAUUCACCUGCUUUGUCACUCUUACAAGAGCAGAAGAAAAAGUUUAAACAAAAAUCUAAUGACAUUAAUAAGCAGGGCAGUACUCCAAGAAAGAAGACACAUUGCUGUACCGAUUGUGGCAAACGCUUCUUCUGCAGCAGCCUGCUUGAGAAACACAGAAGAGUUCACACUGGAGAGAAGCCAUAUUGCUGUUCAGAAUGUGGCAAACGCUUCUCACAAAUCAGCCAUCUUCAGACCCACAAAAGAAUUCACACUGGAGAGAAGCCAUAUUGUUGUUCAGAAUGUGGUAAACGAUUUUCGCUAAUGAGUUACCUUCGGAGUCAUGCAAGAAUUCACACUGGAGAGAAGCCAUACUGCUGUACUGAAUGUGGCCAACAAUUUGGUUACAGUAGCAGUCUUCAAACACACUUAAGAACUCACAGUGGGGAGAAGCCAUAUUGCUGUACUGAAUGUGGCAAGAAAUUCUCACAAAUAGGCAAUCUUCAGGCUCACCAAACAAUUCACACUGGCGAGAAGCCAUAUUGUUGUUCAGACUGUGGAAAAUAUUUUGCAAGAAAAAUUAAUCUUAAGAAACACAGAAGAAUUCAUACUGGAGAACGCCCAUACUCCUGUUCUGAAUGCGAAAAAAGAUUCUGCAGCAGUAGCAGCCUUAAGAGACACACCAGAGUUCAUAGUGGAGAGAAGCCAUAUAGCUGUGCAGAAUGUGGAAAAGGAUUCACCAGCAGUAGUAAUCUUCAGCAACACACUAGAAUUCACACUAAAGGCAAGCAACAAAAGCAGCAAAAGAUAAAAGAAGAAAAAAAAGUUAAAAUGGAUAUGUGCUGAUUCUACCAAAUGGAAAUGGAAUCAGUUGGUCAUCUGGUUUAUACACGCAGAGACAUAACACAAUUGCCAGAUAACAUCACUGGAAAAUAUGAAAAAUAUUAAACUUGCCAGUACCACAGAUGUACUGUGACCACACUACAGACUGAAUAACAGAAAAUGAGGAGGAGAUAGAUACUUGAGGCAUACCAAUAGCAACCAACAGGAACCUAGAUUUAAUCAUUAACUUUUUUAGGGCGGAUGUUGACUUUUGUCGACAGGAGGGGUUGAGGGCAACAAUCAGCUGUUAAUAGUGACAAAACUCACUGUUACAUCACAGGCAUUCCCUCUCUGCUUGGAGGAAUGUUAGACUCAUUGACUCAGCAUCUAAUCCUUGCGUGUGCGUGUGUUAUGAAAUAUAAACAAAUGUAAACAAAGGCAAGAUGGCAUCGACAUCUCACAAGGGAGCGAAUCAAGUGCAGAAAAGAAAAUACUCAGCAGGCAAUGUUUUGCUCAUUAUUGCUGAGUCGGACUCUGAUUUUUCAGAAUCUGAUUUUGUUGACAGUGAGCCAGAGAUCGAGCAAGAUAGUGAGGAACUGGCAUCAGCUGAUCAGACAUCAGACGAUGCCGCCCCAGCUGAUCGGCUGCUAGCUGAGCACAUUCGCGCAGCUGACACGCCUACGGCAAGGUUCGUGUGGGAGGAACCCAAACAUUGAUCCAUGGGAGCCAAACUGGCUACCAGACUUCACAAGAUAGCAUGGCUUGCUGUUGGACACAACAGAUUACCAGGAGCUGGACUACUUCAGGCUGCUCUCUCCUGAUGCUGCUUUUCAGCUACUGUCAGAAGAGACACAGUUAUGCAGAGCAAUUUUCUGAAUCGCGGUCUGCACUUGCACCGCAUUCUCGUUUUUCAAAGUGGAAACCCACAACAAAAGACGAGAUGAAGGGCUUUGUGGCAUUACAAAUAGAGAUGGGACUAGACUGGUGAUAUAACUAUAGGGAGCAUUGGUCCAAACAUGCUUUGUCCCCAUGUGGCUUUGGACAGGUUAUGCUGCGUGAUGAUUAGGUAUGUGCUGCUGCAAAGCUUUAUUCACUUCUGUGAUAACCAGAAGCAAAUCCCAAGGGGUGAGCCAGGCUAUAACGCCAUGUAUAAAGUUCACCCUCUGCUUGACAUUGUGGAACCAACAUAUAAACAGUUUUAUCAGCCUGGCUGUGAUCUGUCUGUGUAUGAAUCUAUGAUAAAAUAAAAGGGAUGCCUUUUUUUUCUGCCAGUAUAUGCCAGACAAACCCACAAAGUAUGGCAAAAAGAAUUUUGUACUGGCAGAAACAAACACUGGUUUCUGCCUGAAGGUAAUUACAUAUAUAGGAAAGUAUUUAUUUCAACGAGAGAACUGUCCCUUGACAAGUCAGGUUGUGCUGGAGCAUUUUCGGGGCUAUGAACAUUUGGGUCAUGUUAUGUACAUUUGGACAAUUUUUAUACAUGCCCUGAAUUGUUCAUGGAGCUACAGAGCAGAGGAAUUGGAGCUUGUGGCACAGUGAGGGUGAACAGGAGACACAGGCUUUCACAGUUGAAGCCAGACAGACUGAAGAUGAAAAGAGGUGACAAAACGGUUUUCAUGCAGGCGGAAAACGUGGUGGCAGUGGCAUGGCAUGAUGUCAAACGGGUGGCUUGUCUCUCUACAGUACACACUAACAAUAUAUGUGAGAAAGUGCAGCAACAGACAAUUGAAAAGGAAAUACCAGUGCAACAUGUAUUGUAAGCAGUGCAAUGUGGCAAAGCAUGCAAUUUGCUGCUUUGAGCAGAUCAGACUUUGCAGGACUUUGCUGUGUAACAUGUAUGUGAUAUGUAUGUGAAAUCAUAGAGUAUGCAGGUUCAUGCAACAUGCAAGACAGUAACAUUUGUCAAAAGUAAAUAUUUUUUCACUGAUUUUAUAGGUUAAACCAUUGCUUUGUGUUCUUUUUUUAAAAAAAGUUAGUUUUUUGGAAAAACAUUCAGCCCUGGGAGAAAAGAAACAAAAAAAAAAAAUUGCCCUUAAAGAAUUAAAGAAAAACAGUAACAGCAGUGAUCGUCAAAGUCUCAGUCCCAAGUGAAUACUCAGAAUGGAAAAGCAAAUAAAUAACCAAGUAUCCAGAAAUUCAAUCUGAUUUGAGCCAGAUGGGGAAUAAAACAACUAAUGUUGUGGCAGUGGUGCUGAGAUCAACAGGUCUUGCCGAAAAAAAAAAAAAGCAGUCCCACCUGGACUCCCACCCAAUUACCAUCACUCCAUAUGAACCACAGAAGGAAGCACUUUUAGGGACAAUGCAAGUGCUAUCGUAAACCUUGUCAGCAAAUUUAAAAGAAUAACAGUAACCGUGCAAAGGUUAGUUCACAACUUUAGAGUGAAGUUCACUCCUGUCCUGAAAGUAAGCAUACCAAGCCAUUGUUGAGAAAUGAAUGCAGAGAGAACAUAUGAAAACAGAACUAACCAAAAAAAGUAUUUAUUUAUUUAUAUAUACAUAUAUAUAGCAGCAAGCACGGGUCAACAAUCUGUGAACUGCAGUUUCAUCUUGAAUUCUUCACAAGUACUCCAGUGUGUGGGGUAGGGGGGAAUAUGUCCAAAUAAACCACCAUCAUCAGGCAUGGACAAAUUCUCUGCAUUAAUGAGAAGCUGAAUGGCAUCUUAAAUAAAUUAAGCGAAAUGUGCUAAAAGAACAAAAUGGCUGACCUCCUGUUACAGCAGUCUGACAUACAGAUGAGGAGAGGUGAACUGAAAAUAGAUCAGUGGCCUGCACACAAAUGGCUGAACUCUCAUGCAUCCGGAUACAACAUGGCUGAAGUUUUAUACACAGAACGAUGCCACAAAGACUCAUAACCUCUCUGCUGCAUCAGGGACCUUAUAAAAAAAAUGUAACUUGUUUGUGCCGAAGAGACAUUGGAACCACAGGGCAUAAAGAAUAAUGGAGAGGCGCUGAUGACUUGGGCCAUAGUGACUUCAAAGGAACACAACAUAUGAGAGGUGAUACCUAUAGUACUAUUUAGUUAGUUAGUGCUGUUUGUUAUUCCAUUAGUUAGUUUUUGAUUUAUUCUUGAUAAGAGUUUUGAAGUAUUAGUGAAGAAGACCUUUGUCUCCUUCCGCAGUGUCCUGUUCACAACUGCUUAUAUGUUAGACUAUCUUAGCUCUGUUAAGAUUCCUUUGCAGUUUGUUAAUAUAUGUUCCGAUAUGUCAUUUUGCAUUAAAUUUGUAACAUAAAGAAUCUAUCAUUCUCA